AUGCUGAGAACAAACAAACCCAGGUGUGAAACUGUAGCUGCCCUGGAGAAACACCUGGCAUCCACUGUCCCCUUCACACUGGAUCUCUGGAGGCUGAACGAGGUGGUCUUCUCUGGAGACUGUCUUCUGGAGCGAGUCCUGUGCAUGUGUACUGCUCUCUGUCUGCAGCCCGGGGCCAGUCUGGAGCAGACUCAUAUCUUUGUUCUGGCUCAUAUCCUGCGGCGGCCCAUCAUCGUGUACGGAGUGAAGUACUACAAGAGCUUCAGAGGAGAAACAUUAGGAUACACUCGAUUCCAAGGUGUUUACCUGCCGUUGCUAUGGGAACAGAGCUUCUGCUGGAAAAGUCCCAUCGCUCUCGGUUACACGAGAGGUCACUUCUCUGCUCUGGUUGGCAUGGAAACCGACGGCUACGAUAAUCGCGGCGCAGGCGCUAACCUCAACACUGACGAUGACAUCACCGUGACCUUCCUGCCGCUGGUGGACAGUGAGAGGAAGCUGCUGCAGAUCCACUUCCUGUCAGCACAAGAGAUGGGCAGUGAGGAGCAGCAGGAGCGUCUGCUCAGGGAUUGGCUGGACUGCUGUGUGACAGACGGAGGGAUGCUGGCGGCGCUGCAGAAGAGCAGCAGACGGAGACAUCACCCGCUCAUCACACAGAUGCUGGAGCAGUGGCUGGAUGGGUACCGGCAGAUGCACCCGUGUCCCACGCUCUCCGACGAAGAGGACGAGGAGGACGACGAAGACGAGUGACCCCCUGAAACCAUUUCAACACUGUUCCACAUGAGCCCUCUUUCCCAGAAUGCAAUGCGACCCCCCCCCCCCCAACAACAGCGAGGGCUGAAAAUCUUUGUGUUUAGUCAAAUUAAUUUAGUUUUUUUGAAACUGUAAGUUUGUAUCCAUCUGCAUGUGUCUCUUUAAACAUGGAACGAUGAGAAUAAAAGACACUUCCACACAGCACAUGUUCUUUAGAGGAUUUGAAUCUGAUCGCAGGAAUCAGAGUUUAUGAUUUAACUCACACUAAACGAUUCAGUAUGAAGACGUGCACAUAUCUCACAGUGUUUGUGUUUCCUUCUGUUCUCUGUCUCUGCUCUGCAGCAAGACGUGUGCGUUUGGUUGAUUUGAUUGUAUUUAUUUAUGUCUCUCUUGUGCUGUGAGGAGAUUCAUGAAGAGUUUACUGAGAUGUUGAUCUUGUGAUCCUGUACCUGUCAGGUGAUUCUGAACAAGAGGAGAGCGAGUCACACGCCUUUAACAUUAAACUAGAAACACGUCUGCUCUCUCA